AUGAGGGAUCAGAAUCAGCCGAUGAAGGAGCUCAACCACAGCGAUUCGCAUUCCGACUCCUCGUCCUCUCCGACGCCGCAGACUGCGUGGCCCCAUACCGUCACCAUGAACGCCGACUCGAGCUUUCAAUUCAAGUAAGCGCUCGAACAUUUUCAUAGACUUCUUCAUCUAGUGAUUGUUUGUAGUCAGAGAGGCGUGGAAGCCUAAUGCAGUACAUAAAGUUUUUCCUUUCUUCAAGUACGAUGACCAUUUCGUCCAAUGUGACUUGAAAUAUGUACAUAAAGUUCGGGCUAUGAUAAGAUACAUCACAGUUCUAUUUCAAUCAAAGUUAGUUCUAUUACAACUCAAAAUCAUUGCUCUACGCUCAAUUAAUCUAAAAUUCCUUCCAGUCCGAUGAUGUACCAGCUCCCGCCACAAUUCGGCUCCUCGACGACCGCCACCCAGCUCCAGCCCUCUGCGAACAUGUUCGACUUCUCUUCGAGCACUGCUCAGCAGCAGUACAGCCUCUACCAGAACAGUCUGGCCGCCGGGUACUCCUCUUGGCCGUACUCGUCCGCCUACGGUUUCACGGCUUCUGCCUACCCGUCAAUGCACGGAGGAGACUUCAAAGGUUAGUCAGCAAAAGCGGAAGUGCUCCUAAAUCUCAGUUCAUAAUCAUAGUGAUCCUCAUGAUCAUCUGCGUGUCGAUCCUCCACCGUUUCCCGUCCUCUCAUUUGUACUAGGUCUGCCCGCCCACCUCCGCAUUCCUCGCUAUCACUUCUUCGCUUUCAUCUCGCCGCCAUUUCAGUCUGUGCUCCCUGAUCAGACCAGUCAAUCAGCACGUUCCUGCGACAGUCAAUUAUCCGAUUUCGAAGCGGCGGGCUUCCUUUUUGCGCUCAUACACACUCCCCGCACGCACAACAAUAAUAAAAUUAUUAAUUACUUCGGCGACCAUAAAUUUCGUCUCUCUCCCUCGUUUCCACCGCUACGCCUUUCUUGCCUCCCCCAAUUAGUAUCGGGAAUCGAUCGAUAGUGAUACGGUCAUCAUGCGCCACGUCACGAGGGAUCUACAGUAGUCUCCCCCUCGUUUUUUGUCCCAUUUUAUCUUCCGAUCAUCUUCAUUUUGACUCUUCGAUUGCUGCUGCUGCUGCCUUUUGAUACAGUAAUCUGGGGUGGGUGCACUCACUCGCGGCGCCAGCGGCGACCCUUUCAAGUUGUGUGUGUCGUCGUCGUGUAUAAACAUGCGACAAUACGCAAUCUGACACUGACGACACACUCUUCGCCUUUUUUUGGAAGGCAAGACUUAUCGAUAACAGAACUAGUGGUGGCUGACACUUUACAUCAGUUUUAUGAUACGGUAAUGGGCAGCGGUGGGAAUUGACGUCUUCGCAGAAGCACGGAAACUGAUCCUUCUUUUCCGACUGAGACGCUCUGAAAUUGAUAUAUUUUUGUUGCAAAUAUAGCUGACAAGUUCGCUGCUUCCGCCCCCCACCCUACGGUGACUUCUCCAGAAGGUCUCUCACAAAUCACCUCGCCCGAAGAACAGCUAAUCAGCGGCCCAUAAAAUAACUCAAUAUCCCACCUCCUCCCGUCGUGCUGACUUUUCGGGGCGAUAACUUGUGCCUUCGCCUUCCGUAUAUCACUCAUUCACAAAUUGGCUGCCAAACCGAUCCGUUUCCUCUCGCUUCCUCCUCUUCUCUCUUCCAUUUUACGACUCCAUGCCUGCUUCGCUUCAGCGUCGUCGUCCCGUGUUUGGAGAAGAGAGAGAGAGAGAGGCACUCUUUUUGGCGUCGCGACGACUGCUGCGCGAAUUUUCGGAUUAAAAACACGAGGGAGAACCCCCGAUGGGAGAGCGAAGGCACACAGAACCCAGCUAUUUCAAUUAGCAGAAGGGCAAGUGGAUACGGUAGUUGAGGGGGAGCAUCGGAGGGAUCCUCCGACGAGCGGCAGACGGUUCGGAGCCGAACCAAGGGGAUUACGGAGUCUGAUGCGAGCGAGAGCAGAGAGCAGCGAUAAGAAAGGCAACCUUGUGCUUCGGAAAAGUUACAUGCUAUCCAGAUGCUCGAAGACAGUUUCAGUUUUCAUUUCAUUCUUCUUUGAGUGUCUGGGCGUCUGCCCGAGUCCCACAGCUACCGUAAUCCGGUGCCAGAUGUGAUCUUCUUCACUUCUUCAUCCGAUUCUUUCGGCAAAGUUGUUCGCUUCCAAGUUCAAAGUGUCGCCGCCUGCCGUGGCGGUCGGCGACGGAGGUCCCUUCCUCUGUGUCUUGAAUUUUAUGUCUUUUUUUAUAGUCGACGGCUGCCACUCGCCUUCUUCUUCUUCUUCUUGUUCUUUCUCUCCUCCACUUCCACCUCUUCUUCUUUGAUUUUCUGACGAGAUAAGUUACCGUAUUCAUUUUGAAUUCAAAUCGAAACAAAUCGAUGCAAAUCAUGAAAAAGAGGUCGGAAGAGUUCCUGAAAAAGAAGAGGACAAGAAGUGAGAGGAGAGCAAACAGUGGAGUCUUCUGAAUCAGCAGAAUCAAUAAAUCGUAAAAAUGGAGUAAACUUCUCCUGCCAGCACAUCCUUUUCCGUCGCGCUCCAGCACCGGGAUCAUCGUAUAUCAUUGUUGUAUUCAUUCAUUUGCACGCACGGAUUAGGGAACAAGACGUGGCAUGCUCUCGUAUCAAUAAACUGGUAUUAGGUGCAAAACAUUCGCGUAAUCGUGGAGCUGACACCUGGUCUGUGGAUCAGGGACGCCCAUAAAAUCAUCGUGUGGUUGCAUCGGCGAAGUGUGCGACGACAGCAGAAGACACACUGCACAAAACAGAUGUGCGUGCGAAUUUUGAAUCGGAUACGGAUGCCGAAGAGAUCCGAAAGAUUGAGGGAUCGGAAGACGGACCUGGCUCUUAGGCUGACUUUGGAUCUUUUCAGAGACUCUUCCGAUCUUACGAUUUCCGCGUCUACCCAUUAUGGAUCUAGUUGGACCGUUAGAGCGCGUACACAAAGUUUGAAGCUCUCCGAAACUCCGCCCACUUUUAUCGUAAUCUCUCAAGCGUCUGGCGACUCCUCCAAUUAAUUAGAGUUGAAAGGGACCGGCAUGUGCGUCCCGCUCUCUCUUUCUGCCUCCAGACCCUCCCAAAACACGCCACUUUUACGACUGGACCGGGUGCGGAGAAGGAAAGAAGAAGACGGAAGGCACCUGCUCGGUCUGUCGUCGCUAAUUGCUCGCUUCCUUCUGUCGUACCCUCGGCUACAGUACCUCUUGCCUUUCCGCCGAAUCCUUCAGUUUCAGAUGUGACCGUUCCGACGACAGCCGGAAGCAGUGCUGCGAGCACACCGACUGCGACCGCCUCCCUUCCGUGGACUCACUCGCACUCGGAGGGCAAGAAGAAGAGACAGCCGUACAAGAAGGAUCAAAUCUCGCGUCUCGAGUACGAAUACUCGGUCAAUCCGUACCUCAACAACAAGAGACGGGCAGAGUUGGCGCAGCAACUGGUGCUCGACGAGAAGCAAGUCAAGGUCUGGUUCCAGGUGAGUUCAUUUUUGGGCAGAAUUACGGAGAUCCUGCCGUAAUCCUGCCACUACCACCCUAACCUAACCCUCUUUUCGCACCUACUUUCAUUUCAGAACCGUCGGAUGAAGGACAAAAAGCUCAGACAACGAGUCGCGGGACCGUUCCCCCACGGCGCUCCCGUUACCCCGUGUCUUGAACGAUUGAUUAAUUAGCAGCUAAUUCCAUUCGACGCCCGAUUCUUUACAUUUCUAAUUCCUGUUGUUUUCUGAGUGUUUCCCUUCCCCUCUCACCAUUUUCUAACUUUUCCUCCGAUUUUCUCUCUCUCUCUCUCUCUCUCUCUCUCUCUCUCUUUUUUAUCUCUUCUUCUCUGCACAGGGUGCAGUGUGCAACGCCCUUUCCGGCAGCACGCUCUUCCUCUCCACCGGUACCUAGACACCGUUCAUCCCCAUUCAUUUCGUCCCCCACCAUUGUCUUCUGUCCCCAACCGUUCCCUUCGCGAAUCCUUCUGUGGUCUGUGGCCCCUUCCCCCCUCACCCAUGACUGAAUUUUUCUUUGGCAAGGCACCCAUAAAGUUGUUCGUUUCUCUGUCCGUUUGUGUGUUGCCGUUCCACCCACGUGUGCUUCCUUCUUCGUCGUCGCCUUCCGCCAAACGAAAAUCCGUCGCAAAGCCACAGAGAAAAGCACCACUUUUGGGCCUUGCCAUACCGUUUUCUAACCAUUCCAUUUUCGAACCGUUUCGUACCGUUUCCGCGUUUCUUCCCGUUGCCAAGACACCCCAAAAAUUGUGCUUUUCUUGCAGGCUUGCCACAUCUUCUUCUUCGUCGUCAGCCUCCCCAGCUCCAUCGAAUGUGAUGAUUUCGGUGAUGCAACAAAUGAUGAACAAUCCGAACAUGCCGCCCGCCUUCAUCAAGCGCUCCGAUUCUCCAGAUGGCUCGCCGUCCAACGUGAACGUCUUCAAGUCCUCCGAUUCUCCCCUCGGCUUCGUCAAACGGUCCGAUUCUCCGGCGCCGACAUCUUCUUCUGCAGCGGCGGCGGCGGUGGCCAUGCAGCAGACGUCUUCCGCCUGCUUCUGGCCGAGUGUGGCCCAACUGCAAUCCGCAUCCGGCUCUUCCGGGACGUCGAGUGGAUCAAGCAGUUCGGCUUCGAACAAUCUUUCAAGGAACCAGGCGGACAAUCAUUCGGAGAGAGGCUCCGACACCGCCGCUAGUCCCCAAUUACCGCCACUCCCAACGAGGUUCGUGCACGAAUCUUUUCCCUAGAAUUCUUCUGAUUUCCGCAUUUCCAGCAGUGGUAUGUCGAUGCCCGCAGCCGCCGCCGGCAUGUAUCCAUUCAAUGCGGGCCGGUUCCCUGCUACCAAUGGCUUCGAAAUGAUGGUCAACAACCCGAUGUACUCGGACUUUUACCAGAACAGUUUGGCGGCUUCCACGUGGGGAUAUCCAUACGGACAGCAGUAUCCGUUCGCCGCCAACUACUCGAUGCCGAAUCUCGACGUGAAUUUGAGCGGUAAGUUGGACGUUGAUCACUUCUGCCGCAAUCACCAUCUAACUUUCAUUUUCAGAUGGCGGUCAACUGGAAUGGACGUCGUCCAGCCACUCGAUGCGCAAAAAGAGAAAGCCGUACACGAAAGCGCAGACGUUGGAACUCGAGAAGGAAUUUCUGUACAACACCUACGUGAGCAAGCAGAAGCGAUGGGAACUGGCCAAGUACCUGCAUCUGACCGAGAGACAAGUCAAGAUUUGGUUCCAGGUACACCGUUUAUUAUUGAUUGAUGUGAAUCUAUCCAAGUGUUUUCAGAACCGUCGGAUGAAGGAUAAGAAGCAGAAGCAGCGAACUUCUGGAGACCCGACCGGAAUGUUGAUGCCCGCCAGUCUCGAUUAA